AUGAGUUACGAUCUAGAUGGGGCGCGCAUUGCGCCGUUGUCUGGUGAUGCAUUCUACAUAUCUGAUUUCGUGUCCGAGGACGAGGAAGCUUGGCUGAUGCAUAAAGUUCAAUCAGCCCCUCUUCCACGCUGGACACACCUCUCCCACCGCCGUCUCCAAACAUGGCCAUCAGCACUCACAAAAACAAACACUCUACUCUCCUCACCCUUACCAUCAUGGCUCACAGAUCCAAUUAUAUCGCCUCGUUUCAAGGAACUAGGCAUAUUCGCCAACGCACCACACAGCACACCAAACCAUGUCUUAGUCAAUGAGUAUCAGCCCGGACAAGGGAUCAUGCCCCACGAAGACGGCGCAGCAUACUACCCACUCGUGGCAACUGUGAGUCUCGGCGCACCAAUAGUCCUGGAUAUAUACGAGAAAAAUCCACGGGAGGGAGCAGAGGAAACGGAUGGGGUUAUGGAUUUUCAUGGCAGACCGCGAUUCCGAAUUCUACAAGAGCGACGAAGCUUGCUGAUUAUGAGGGGUAAGCUGUAUACUGAUUCUUUGCAUGGGAUCGCCGAGAGCACGAGAGAUGAGGAUCUGGGCCCGCAUUCUAUUUGUAAUUGGGAUUUGUUGAGAGAGAAGGCGCCGUAUGAGGGGGGAUGGGUUAUGAGAGAGACAAGGACGAGCUUGACGUAUCGGGAUGUGUUGAAGGUUGCCAAGAUGGGGAAUACAUUGAAGUUUUUGGGUGGUACUAAGUGA